AUGUGGAAGCAAUAUGUGUAUCCUUAUUUGAAAUCUCAUUUUACUGAAUUACCAUCAGUUAGAUCUUACACAGUACUUUAACAUGAAGCUAUUGCCUGUAAUUUAUUGCAAAUUUGCUUAUUUCACAGAACUUCAAUUGAAUCAUCAGAAGGUUAUCUUCUUGAGAUAGUGGAUUAUUGUUCUAGAAAAUUGGCAGAUUUACUAUAAAAGCCACCUGCAAAAAAAAUUGAGAAAAAAAGCAUUGAAUAUUAUAAGAAUAGAACGAAAGAAGAUGAAAUAGAUGAACAAUUUUAGAAUGUUGAAUUCUAAAUUCAAAUGAUGUGUUUAAGCAUCAUCAGAUUCAUAACUGAUCAUAUUAAGCGUUUGCCUAUUAAUAUACUACACCAAAUUAUUGUUGAAAAUGACUUUUUCUUUUUGCUUGUUCCUUUGAUUGAACAGAAACCUUGGUUAAGAAUUAAUCCAAAUAAUGAAAGAGAAGUACUUGAAUAAUCAAAGUGGGUUACUUUAAAUAAGGAAGAUUACACUUAAUUGUGGAUUACAAUAUACAAUUUAUUCAUGGAUCCUGAAAGUCGAAGGAAAUAUGAAUUGAAUGAUUUCAAAAAGAGCAACUUAUUAAGAUUGAGAAAAUUUAUGAAUGAAUUAUUACUAGAUUAGAUUCCCCAACUUGUUGAUAUGUUGAGAUCUUUGGAAGAGUUAUCCCUUAUGCAAGUACAGGCAUAGAGUAAAAGUACUAUAGAGGUUCAACAAUUGCCAGAAUUACGUUUGGCAAUAUGCAAAGAUAAAAAUUGGAGUUCAAUUGUUUAAAAGUAAAAAGAAGAGUAUUUCUAAAUAAAUGAUCCAAGUAUAAGAGAAGACAUCAAAAGAAUGGCAGAACUCUACUCAAAUACAGUGUUUGAAGGUAUUAUUGAUGGAUUUAAAUGUGAGAAAUGCAUGAAGGAAGCUACCAAAAGAUUUUCUCGUUGCAAAUAAGUAUUGUAUUGUAGUAAAGAUUGCUAAGUUGGUGAUUGGCCAAAACAUAAAGUGUAUUGCAGGACAACUACUACACAAAAAUAGGAGGACUCCAAAUAAGUUGAUAAAUAAUCAGAUAAAUAAUUAGAUCAAAUUGAUUGA